ACUUUCACAUCUUCGUCGGAGACCUCAGCCCGGAGAUUGAGACCCACACACUCAGAGAAGCAUUUGCGCCCUUCGGAGAGAUAUCGGACUGCCGGGUUGUGCGGGACCCCCACACUCUCAAGUCCAAAGGCUACGGUUUCGUCUCCUUCGUGAAAAAGGCUGACGCAGAGACGGCCAUCACCAACAUGAACGGCCAGUGGAUAGGCUCACGGAACAUUAGAACCAACUGGGCCACAAGGAAACCCCCGGCGCCGAAAAGCAAUGACGCCAAUCAAAAGCCUCUCACCUUCGACGAUGUGUACAACCAAUCGUCGCCCACCAACUGCACCGUUUACUGUGGGGGCAUCACCAACGGCCUGUCGGAGGAGCUCAUGCAGAAGACCUUCGCGCCCUACGGACAGAUCCACGAAAUUCGCGUCUUCAAAGACAAGGGAUACGCGUUCGUGAGGUUCUCCACCAAAGAAUCCGCCACCCACGCCAUCGUCUCCAUUCACAACUCAGAGAUCAACGGCCAGCCUGUCAAGUGUUCCUGGGGCAAGGAAUCUGGUGACCCCAACAACACGCCCGUCACUACGCAGGUCAUGAGCCUGACCGAUGUGACCGAAUGCCUAUCUUUCCAGCCAUUGCCCGGCACUCAGUACCCCUACAACUACGCCGGCCAGAUGGGCUAUUGGUACCCCCAGAGCUACCCUCCCCAGGUCCAGGGACAACAAUUCCUCGGCAUGCAGGGGUUCACUUAUGGACAGUACGGAUACCAGCAGGGGAUGGCCGGCAUGGCAGGGGUACCCACGGCUUGGCAGGGAGUCCCCCAGCCGCAGCUCCCGGCCGGACAGAUGCCCCAGUUGCAGCAGCCGACCUCGGUGGUGGGCGCAUACCCGGUCCAGCAAUUUCAGCUCUCGAGCCCCUACCUUCUGGGCAGCACUCCAGGGACCUUGGUGCAGUAAGAUUAUGAGGAUAGAGAAGAAGAGAAGAGAAGGAAGAUCUCUCCUCCUCCUCCUCCUCCUCCUCCUCCUCCUCCUCCUCCUAAUACUUUCCCCUUCUCCCAGUCCUCCUCCUCCUCCAGUUCCUCUCCUCCUCCUCUUCUUCCACCCUCUCUCACCGAACAAGACCCAAAAAGAGGAAGAGGAGGGAGAGGACGAGAGAGCGAGAGAGAGAGAGUGAGCGAGCGAGUUAUCUCUACGAACAUGUCACACAAAUUUUAAGAUGUGAUAACCCCCUUCCCCUCCUCUUUAAACCCCCUAUCCCCCAAGUCCCCCCCUUGAAGCGAGAGAGAGCGAGAGCGAGCGAGCGAAAUCCGUAUUAUAAGUGACAAGUUUUAACGUAUAAGUGGAUUGAGUUACCGACUAGUUUGUAAGUGAACUUAUAAUGGAGUAAACUAAAUCCAAUAUGCCGAUGAUGAUGAUGAUGAUGACGCCACACAACGCGUCACAUGUGUACUAAUAGAGGUUAGGUUUAAGGGCGCGAUUCGUUAUGUCGACGGGCUGAUGUUUACGAUGAUGGUAUUUACGAUGGUGAGUCUUGUGAAGAGUCCCCUGGAAGUGUCGUUUUUCUUCUUCUUCUUCUUCUUCUUCCUUUCUUCUUUUCCUCCUCUUCCUGUGCUCUUCCUCCUCUUUUUUUCAUUCUUCCUUCCUUUCUUACUCAGUUAUUGCCCAGUUUUCUUCCUUUCUUUUCUUUCUUCUUUUCCUCCUCCUCCUCCUCCUCCUCUUCUCUUCCUCCUCUUUUUUUCAUUCUUCCUUCCUUUCUUUCUUACUCAGUUGUUGCCCAGUUUUCUUCCUUUCUUUUCUUUCUUCUUUUCCUCCUCCUCCUCCUCCUCCUCCUCCUCUUCUCUUCCUCCUCUUUCUUUCAUUCUUCCUUCCUUUCUUCCUCAGUUAUUGCCCAAUUUUCUUCAUUUUCUUCCUUAAUCUCAUUUUUUUUCCCUCGUUUUCUUUCUUUCUCAAAUUCCUUCUUCCUUUCCUUCCUUCCUUCCUUCCUUAUUUAUCGCACAGUUUCCCUCCAUUUCCUUCCUUUAUCUCAUUUUUUUCUUCCUUUCCUUCUUUCUCAAAAUCCGUUCUUUCCUUCCUUCCUUUCUUCUUUCUCUCUUCCUUUUCUUUCCCUCGUCUCCCUUCUUCCCUAUUCCCAUUCUCUCCUUCCUCCCUUCUUCUUCCAUCUCCUAUUUUCUCUCUUUCUCUUAUUUUCUUUAUUUUCUCACAAACAAAUAUUUUCAUCUUUUUCUUUCUUUUAAUUUGUGUGUGUGUGUGUGUGUGUGUGUGUGUGUGUGUGUGUGUGUGUGUGUGUGUGUGUGUGUUUUCUCUCUAUCUCUGUCUCUCCGUCUUCAAAAUGCAAGUCGCACAAAUAAUGAGAGAUAGUGCAUUAGAGAGAGAGAGAGAGAGAGAGAGAGAGAGAGAGAGAGAGAGAGAGAGAGAGAGAGAGAAUUCAAGAUAGGCAGUGUUGGUUAAUAUAGUUUUUCCUUCCUUCCUUCCUUCCUUCCUUCUUUCCUUCCUUCCUUCCUUCCUUCCUUCCUUCCUUCCUUCCUUCCUUCCUUCCUUCCUUCCUUCCUUCCUUCCUUGUAUAUAGAAAUUAUAAAGUUCAAUAUAUAAGAUUUUUUUUUUUUCCUCCUUCCCUCCUCCUCCUUCUUCUUCUUCUUCUUCUUCUUCCUCCUCCUCCUCCUCAUCCUAUUUCUCCUCCUCCUCCUUCUUCUCGAAAAGGGAAGGAAAAAAAAACAUUUGAGUGAUUAAAAGGAAGAUAUUUUUUUUUUUUUGUGUGUGUGUGUGUGUGUGUGUUUGUGUGUGUUUGUGCGUUUGUUUUACUUAUUAGAAUCCAAACACUGAUGACGAUGAUCCUGUUUGUUCAUCCGUUUGUUUGUUUGUUCGUUCGCGUGUGUGUUUGACGUUUUGAGUAAUUUAAGUGUUUGUUGACGGGGUUUUUUUCU